AUGGCUAAACGACAAGGAAAAAAAGAAAUUGCAGUGCACGAAGAAGAAGAGAAGCAUAUAGAACAGAUGAAAAUGGAAGUAGAGGAUGAAAUAUCCAAGCUCCCUCAAAACAAUCCUUCAAAGUGCGAAGGUCUCAUUCGAAGGUUGCACAAAAAAGUAAAUGCUCUUAAAAAGCAAGACGUCAAAAAUGAUCUCCUAAGUCAGCUAAGAUCUGCUUCAUGCUAUGGAUUAGAACCAGAACUCAAAGAUAUGAUGGAGAAAAAUGGUUUGGAGUUAGAAGGACUUGAACUUGUGGUACACUACCUAACAAACAAGGCAGAACUUGCAAAAUACUUCCACCUCAAUCCUCAGGAGGUUGUGGUCAAGGACGGCCUGAGUGUCAUAAAAAGACGACUUGGACCAAGUCUGGAAGUGCUUGGUGGCUUGAGCUCCAAGGGAAUUGAUGUUGAACAAGAUUGGGUCAACUGUUUGGUUGGAAAGGCUCCAUCUCUUGAGGCGCUCGGUCGUAUCUCCGCUGAAGACCUUGAUGCUCUUGAAGCUAAUCCUGGAGAAAAAAACGAGGUUAGGCGCCUGUUUAAAGCUGAAUUGAAUAACACUGAACCUUCUGAAGCUGAAAAAGCUGGCGAAGAGAAGAAAGCUAUUGAUGAAGAAAAGCUAGAAAAGGCUAAGGCUCUGAUGAAAGAGGCAAGUGAAAAGGCAAAAGAGGAGUCAGAGCAAGCAAAAAAAGCAGUAAGUGAGAAGAUGGCUGAAAUUGGAAAAAUCCUCCAGCUGCCACCUGAUUGGAAUAAACAGGAGAGUGGAAAAAAACCUGACGAACUGUUGACGCACUUAAAUCAAGUAAUUGAACAGUUCGAAAACGCUGUAGAAGUCAGUGAAAGUUACAAAAGCGACCUCGAAAUAGUUAAGAAAGCCAGUGGAGGCCGAGCGCUCUGUGGAAUCUAUCACUCAGCGUACAACCCGCCAAAAACGGCGGAACGACCUCUCAUCCUUAUGCCCACAGAGGUAACACUGGGUAGUCCUAACAACUCUCAGCAGAUCAAUUACUUGAAGUUCUCUGAAAGCAUGGCUGCCUCAAGGUAUGCCCACGCCGUAAAAUCGUCAAGCACUAACAUUGGGUUCAGUGUCGGUGGUUUUGUAGAGCUCUUCGUUGGAGAAGCUCAUGGUAGUUACGCCUCCAGCUUCGAAAGUCAAGGGACAAGUUCAGUAAAAAAGAAAACCAGUAGCGUCUCUGUACUGCAAUAUGUUUGGAUUGCAACCAAGACCUUUAAACUAGAGCAAGAGCAGAUGAGGCUGUCCAUGAGUGCAAGAAAUAUGGCAAGAUCCAUUACGAAAGCCUCUGAUCCCAGUGCAGCAGCUCGUCGAUUCAUGAAUCGCUACGGAAGUCACUUUCCAGCAGGCCUGCACUCACUUGGUGGUGUCCUCUUUCGGAUUGUAGACGCCGAGAGCAGUGCAGAAAUAGAAACGUCUGUCUUCACGGAGAAAGCGGCGAAGGAGCUUCAAGGUCAAAUAUCGGUUGGCUUCCUUGGAGGAGCAUUUGGAAUCGGAGCCAGCAUAAGCGGCGGACACAGUAAUACUAGCGGUGAGCUACAAGCAGAAGAGAAAAAAGCUGAAGCUGCUUCUUAUAGGUACUCCUUCCAGGCCAUGGGUCCAGCAGCCACAAACCCUACUACAUUCACUAAGUUGCUGGCUAACAACUCAACUUGGGCUUUAAUUGAUCGUGGUAGCCCUCUGGCUUACAUACCAGUUUGGGAACUGUUAACAGACCUUGGUGACCCUGCCUUCAACAUGGCAGCCGGAGUCCUAGAAGAGACUUGGAAAGAAGACGAGUUGAAGAAAAGUAAGAAGAUUGCUCGCGCUGAAUUCAAAAUAUCCGAGAUCAUUAAGGGAGAACUAGAAACGCUGGCAAAUAGUUACAUAGACAAGGUUUGUUUAGUUUUCUUUCUUAAUUUUUGUUUUGCAACCUUUCGAAAUCGGCUCCUUAAGUCUUAAAACCUGCUUUGAGAGACCAAGUAACUUCUUUUCUGAUCUUUAAACUCCUCGAGGGAAAUUGAAAAAAAUUUUGGAGAUAUUUAAAGACUACUGUUGAAAAAAACUUGAGCUAGGUUUGUAUGUAACAUUAUUGUUAUGGUUUUAGAGCUGAUUAUUUCAAAUAAAACAUACAAACGUUUUGCAGUCUAUUUUUAUCUGGUAAAACUUUUCUCAAGAAAUGUAUUUGCACUCGACACGGGUACGUGAACUUACUGCUUGUGAAUUCAGCUUUGCCUCUCAUCUUACAUGGGUGUGCCUUUCUUUCAAACUGUGAAAUAUAGAUAGUUCUUCCGGCUGAUAUGUUUUCGGUCGGCUAAAUGAUUAAAUGAAAGUUAUGCAAGUAAGAAGUUUAGGUAACAGUUUGAUGAUCUUUAAAACUGACGAGUAAGACCAAAAGAUUAUAAUCUUGAGGAAACCUAAGGAAAAAUAUUGGUAACAGACAUCCAAGGAAUUGAGAAAUUCCUUCAUCAGAAAUAGCAAAAGUCGGAUGGAAAUAUUUAAAAUCUAUAACUUUGUCUCAGAGAUAAGUUAACUGAUCCUUCUCCCCAGUUACUUUUUUUUCAUAAAAUCUGGUGCUACCUUAAAUGUAAUGAUUAUGAAAAUCACAAUAAGCUAUAUGGUCUUACAUCCAUGCAUGUUUAUGAACUGCGAAAAGGGGAUAAUGAUACUUUUUCUCCUGCAGAAACCAAAUCCGGACGGGUACGGACAUAGGCCGAAAAAUGCUGCUCAGCUGUUGAAGUUCCAGGAAAUCAACUUGUCGCGUGGAAGUGCCUACACCAAAGCUGUGGAUAUCAUUAUGGAAGAUCCAAGGUACCGUAUUUGCGAAAUUGCUUGGUGUGUUGGAGAUUCGUACUCUUUAUGUUGUUGGCAGGCAGCAAAAAAGGAAGAAAUGACCUACCAAAAAGUCGAUGGAGAACAUGUCCUGUUUUACAGUGAAGCGCUAUUCCGGUGGAAAGAUUUAGUUCCACCUGGGGAGUAAAAGGUAUUGUUACCAAAUUGAGGCUUAGAGUAAUCAAGCAGGUUGAUACUGGUCAUAGUGCUCUUAUCCUAAAGAAAUGCAAGUAACACAUCUACCGCCUUUUUAGUACUUCCACCACUUUCUGAUCCUUCAUCAAAAUGGCGACCAAAGUAGAAAUUUAUUCAUGUAAUAUUAGCCUCAGAGCUAGGAAUGCAGAAAGUGUUCAACAUUUGGAUCAAAACUACUGUGGACAAUCUGAGUGUUUUCAAUAUCAAAAGACUCUAUAAUGACCCUCCCUCCCCCGAAAAAAAAAGGGUAGGUUAAUAUUCUGAAUUUGAAUGAUAUUUUCCUGGCUGAAACUACACUUGAUUAAAUGAAACUUUGUAAGAUUACAAAAUAAGGUUAUAAAAUGAUAGGUACCCAUUGUGAGAUCGGUUUGAUUUUCCAGCAAAUUUUAAUUAUUUCAGGCUUCACAUUUGGCAGCUAUUUUGGGUCAGGGUCUGUUGAUAAUUAAUACAAAAUAGAAUAACAGUUAUCUGGAGUGAAAGUGAUAUGAAAAUCAUGCGAAGUUUGACAAUUUGAGAUUUGACAUUUGAUCGCCAUUUUGGAUAGGGGUCGGUACGUCUUAUAGCAGAGUUCUUGUAAGAUGUCUCUUGUAAUGCAUGGGCUCUGUCCACUUUAAAGGAGAGCGAACUGCGCAGUGUAGUUUUCCUGAAAACAUGUACAAUUAAUAUUUAGAAAAUCAACUUUUCCUGUUGUCCUGUUAAGGAAUCCAAUGGAUAGUUUUGUUUAUUUUUUAGCCAGACUUUUUCCUACUGUACUUGAAGUACAUGAGGCAAUACUUUUCCUAGUUGUAAUGUUUAUUUUAAGGGGUUGUUAUUAUAUACUUUGGAGUUUGAUAUGAUCCCUUCCCAUGUUGCCCACCCUUUUGCUUUGGAAUUUUUAAGUUCUAACUAAAUGAACACAAACAAUCUUGAGUGAAUGUUGAUGCGCUAUUGGCUUCAGUUGGAGUGAACUUAUGAUUCGACCACAAUUUUUGCCCCCUCUUUCUUAAUUCUUGGGAUCCACCUUAUAAUUCAGUGUAAUUUGUGUACAAUUCAAAAAAGGGUCUGCAUUUUAUAACUUUUGCUGUUUCCUAGAAAUUACAUUGCCCUCAAAUAGAAAAAUUGGAGGGCAUUAAAGACCUUUUAUCAACUAGACGCAAUAGACAUUUGUUCAGAGUUUUUCGUUACUUUGUUAGAGUGCUAAAAAUUUUUAAGUUUUUACAAAAAACCGACAAUAGUUAGAUGAAGGAGGCUGUAGGUGUUUGUCCUAGUGACAAAGUUUGUGUGGACGCGUGAAAUUUCAGUGAAGGUAAAUGUGUUUACUGUCGAGUGCAUUUAUACAAUACUAACGUUAUCUAAGCAAAUAUGUUUGUUUGAUUAGUUGAGUGUUUUAAGUUUUCUCUAUUUUGAUAAUUACGGUUUUCCUCCACUGAAAGUUAGUAGAGGUGAAUCGAGUGUGUGUUUGAUAACUGUAUCAACUUGUGGUUUUUUUCCUUUGAAAUUUGAGUGUGUUGAGAGUCAGAUUUUUAGGGCAGAGCUACAAUCACUUCAAUUAUGCUGAUUUCGGAACUGGACAGCCGGACUAUCGAAUGUCACGUUCUGUUGUUCAGAUUGAUCCAAUUUCUUGAUUAUCAGCCAGCAACAGAAAAUGGUCUACCCUGGUUAAAUACAUCGACGAGGUAACAGCUACUGAAAUAGAGAAGCUCCAUGGCUUCAAUCAAAAUGAUAUAGAGCUAGAAUACUAGUGAUAGCAGAGCUAGAGUAAAGUUUUAUGCCGGAAAAGUGUAUUUGUAAGUAAUUGCACAUUGUUGGAAAUCACAGUUUGAGUUUAAGAGGUGAACGGAGUCAUCGAUUACCAAACAAUUUAAAAUUAUUUUGGAAGUAAUAGAGCAAUUUUCCAUCGAGUGUUGAAAGUAAUCCGGAGUUGCACUGUUUUUGCUUUACUUCGUUCUAUGAUUGGUCAUGAAAACUCGCACCUCUCUCUUCACCAAUCAGAUGCAAGACCAGACUAAAAACCAAUCCUGACUUGAUCACCCGCACUUUAGGCAGUUAACUCGUUUUUACUUUGAGUUCUCAUCAGAUAUUAAAGAUGUUUUCCAUUCUUCUGAUUGGCUGUUGCGAGUACUUUGGUUUUGGUUUUGCGACACUCAAUCGAAGAGUGCUCUAUAAUUUAUCGUAGGUUUUUAUUUUAGUUGUCAGUUAAUCUAAUGAAGAAGUGAUAGAGGCAGAGGCAGUAUUAAAUAACGAGAGCAGGAUUUAGUAUGACUGAUAACAACGCUGGGCAAUCGCAAGAAAUUUGUGCAGUUCAACUUUUCAGCCUUAAAGUUUUAACUAUGCAUAUAUUUAAUGAAAGUUUUUUUUAGGUAGCAGCUAUUUCCUUAAGAUUGUCCAGAACGAAACAUUUUUUUACCUUCAACCUAAGUGGUGUGAAGUUAGAAUAUGUUGUGGAAAGAUUGCGUUCAUUGAAUACUCGUGGUUUGUAACUGCAUGUACUGCUGUUAAGUGCUUACUUUUGUACAUUCUCUGAGAAGAGAGAAAAAAUGGAUUACAUUGAAGUUUUACCACUUGCUCGUUCUUAUUUUUACGGGAACUCCUUAUGAAAGAGCUGCAGUGUUAGUUUUAAUUUGUUACUAGCGUCGGAUAUAGAAAGGUUGAACGAUAUCAACGCUUAUAGCAAACAGGGUUAUCUUAUUUUCAACUCUGCCUUAGUGCCUCUCUACUAAAUGUAAUCAAGAACUUAACAAGCAAUAAACUGACUCGGUGUGUUCAAGUUUCAUAUUGUUCUGAUUAUUUUAUUCAAUGGUGAUCAACCCCCUCCCAGGGACAGGGUACCAUAGGGUAUGGUUACUG